AUGUCGCUAAUAGAAACGCUGCUGAAUCGAUUCGACACAGUUUACUUCAAUGCAAUAAUAAACGCUUUGAAAGAAGAUAAAAUGGAACAAUGCAAGGUACUACUUCGUGCAAUAUUCAUGGGUCAGUUAGCAGCGGAGGAGUUGGAUGACACUCGAGAAAAAUAUAAAAAAAUGGCUCGGGAUGUUUGGAAAAAUAUGAAAGAAAGGGAAAGAACAUUAAAUAUUCUACGUAGCCGGGUUGAGAACCUUUGGGCUGAUAUCCGAGAGCUUGUUCGAGUUGAGGUGCUUUCAUUUGAAGAACAAGCGAGGCAGAAAAAACAUUUACUGAAAAAGUUAGAAGAUAAUCUUGAAGUACGUGAGUCAUUGAUAAAUAAAAGAAAUUGUGCUACUUUGAUUCUGGCUGACUUGAAUAAUUCAUUGAUUUCAACUAGUGGAGAAUAUGAUAAGCAAGUAUUUUAUUGUGUAUUUUAUUUUCAUGAUUAUAAGUACAAAGCUGAUAAAAAGGAAAUUCUAGAAGAAAUAAAAAUAGCAAAAAAACGCGAAGAUGAUUUUAUAAAAUCAGAAAAAUCACGUGAAGAAUUAUUAAUAAAUAUAAAAUGCGCAUUACAAAAUAUACUUGCAAUGAUGGUUUUUAUCCGACCCGGUUUGGGAGGAGUUAAAAAAUCACCACGUGAAAAAAAACGUGACAGGCGAAAAACAUCUGAAUCAAGCGAUGGUAAAGCUUCUCGAAAAUCUAAAGGUCAAUUUAUUGAACAAGUGGAAUAUCAUUUAGAAAAAUUCGAUCCCGAUGUUUUAACGCUACUCAAUCAAGUAACAAAAAAAGCAAACAUGCUUUUCGGAUUAUCGAACUUUGAAAUGACACUAGAAGAAGAAGAGAAAGCUAAAAAUUUAUACCAAAGUUACGUCGCUGAAAAAAGAUCUAAAAUUUACUACGAAAAUGAUGUAGUAGAACAAAAAGAACUUACAGUUGAGCACGAAAUCAUUGAUUUGUCAGUAAUAUCAAGAGCUGACAUAAAAAAUCAGAGCAAAAAUUUAAUUGAAAUGUGUACGAGGCUCGAUUAA